GAGCGAGCCGGAGCCGGCUGGGGGAGGGGGUGUAGGCGCACCGCGGAGUGCAGCGCUCUCGGUGAGCCUGGCACCCGGAGUAGCCGUCUCCCCCUCCCCCUGCCUGAGCCUCUAGAAGCCCUCUCUCUCUUCUGUCCUCCCUGGACUGGGGCAAGCAGGGCUGCACUGUCCCAGGCCGGCGGGGCGGAGCCUGGAGCCCCACUGAGAGCUGCAGAGCCAACCUCACCUCCUGCCCAGGGCGCAAGGUUUAAUUCCCAAUGGUUGUUGUAACUGGAGUUCAGAUUUGAAGAUAUAAUUGAUGUUCUGCAGCUGUGUCACAGUUUUAGCUGGAUGAUGUGAGCCGCUGCUUCAUGCUGUGCUGAUGCUGCCCUGCCAUGCUAGCCUGUCUCCCAGGGCCAGGUGACCUGUCCUUUCAGCUUCCUUCUCACACGCAGAUGAACACUGGACUUCAGAAAUGGGACACUACACAGAAAAUGAGAACUGCUCACUAUCCCACCCCAGCCGAAUUGGACGCGUAUGCUAAGAAGGUCGCAAACAACCCACUGACUAUAAAAAUCUUCCCCAACAGUGUGAAGGUUCCCCAGCGGAAACACGUUCGUCGUACUGUGAACGGCCUCGACACAUCGGCCCAGCGCUACAGCCCCUACCCGACUCAGGCUGCCACCAAGGCAGGCCUGCUUGCCAUUGUCAAAGUGCCAGCCAAAAGCAUACUCAAGGACUUUGACGGCACCCGAGCUCGGUUACUCCCUGAGGCCAUCAUGAACCCCCCAGUGGCACCCUAUGCUACUGUGGCACCUAGCACUUUAGCCCACCCACAGGCCCAGGCUCUGGCCCGCCAGCAGGCCCUGCAGCAUGCACAGACCCUGGCCCAUGCCCCUCCCCAGACACUGCAACACCCUCAGGGUAUACCACCACCACAGGCACUGUCUCACCCUCAGAGCCUCCAGCAGCCUCAGGGCCUGGGCCACCCUCAGCCGAUGGCCCAAACCCAGGGCUUGGUCCACCCUCAGGCCCUGACUCACCAGGGUCUUCAGCAUCCCCCUAAUCCCUUGCUGCAUGGAGGCCGGAAGAUGCCAGACUCAGAUGCACCCCCGAAUGUGACCGUGUCUACCUCAACUAUCCCCCUUUCAAUGGCGGCCACCCUGCAACACAGCCAGCCCCCGGACCUAAGCAGCAUCGUGCACCAGAUCAACCAGUUUUGCCAGACGAGGGCAGGCAUCAGCACUACCUCAGUGUGUGAGGGCCAGAUCGCCAAUCCCAGCCCUAUUAGUCGCAGUCUGCUCAUCAAUGCAAGCACCCGGGUGUCGACCCACAGCGUCCCCACACCAAUGCCUUCAUGUGUGGUCAAUCCCAUGGAGCACACCCAUGCGGCCACAGCCGCACUGCCUGCUGCAGGUCCUGUCAACCUGCCCACAGGCAUCUCUCGAGCCCCCACUGGCUACCCUAGCGACCUCAAGCCAGUUACCUGGAACCAGCACCAGCUGGCCCACCUACAACAGAUGUGCAGCGAGGCCGGUGGGACACCAGCCCCUGGCCUGACAGGCAAACAUACAGCAGGACGUGAACUGGCAGGGCCUGGUUUUGUGGGCAAGGCCCCUGCCUACCCGCAAGAACUCUGCCUGGCACAGUCCUUCCAUCUGAAGCCACCUCUGGAGAAGCCGACCCCAUCCCCACCAGUCAAUGGCCUACCAGCCCCACUGGCCUACCCCAAUGGUCACUACUUCCAACCCCUGUGGAACAACAUUCUACCAACUCCCAAUAGCGACAGCUCGGGGUCUCAGGACCUCGCCAUGCCAUUCCAUGGUGGGCAGCCCACAGGUGCACCCCUCGACUGUGGGGCAGCUCCUGGGGCCCACUACCGAGCAGGGACUGGGGGUGGUCCAGUGGCAAGCCAGAACAGCUUGAUGCAAACAGUGGAUUACCUGAGUGGGGAUUUCCAGCAGGCCUGCUUCCGAGAACAGAGCCUGGCCAUGUUGAGCAAGGCCCACCGAGCUCCUGGCACCCGAGCCCCCGACCCCACAGAUAGUCGAAGUCUUCAUAUUCAGCACCCAGGGUAUAGAUAGGGAGCCGUGACGC